UAUUUAAAUGCUUCGAUCAUCCGAGCCAACGAGAUAUUCUUCGGCAUCUCUCGCUUCUUCCUCUGUUUUCUUCUGCUGUCAUUUCUUACUUUCUCUCGACCUAUUGGGUAUAUAUUAUUAAUUGGACCGCCUCUGUGUGGUCGCAACCUCGUUUACAACCUGAGCCCUCCCAUCCGGCGAAAGGAGAGAUUUUUGCAACAAGGAAGACCAAAAGAUCGGAUCUUUUUGUUGUUCCUCGAUUGGUGUUGUGUUUUGAACACGGAUAUGGAGAUGGAAGACGCGACGGACAGCUGCAUCAGCCGGGCGGCGGAUUCGUCGGAGGUGCACCACCCGCUGCCGCAGCAGAAGCAGAUGAAAGAGCAGUACCGGCUCGACGUCUUCAACGAGGUCCUCCACCGCCUCAGGGAGGCCGCGCUGCCAGAGGCGCUCUUGCCCUCCUUUGAGGGGAAACUGUGGACCCACUUUCAUCGUCUCCCCGCUUGUUACGCGAUGGAUGUGAAUGUGGAGAGGGCCGAGGAUGUUUUGAUGCAUAUAAAGUUGCUGGAACAUGCUCGAGAUCCUGAAAAGAGGCCCGUCUUUGCCGUCCGUCUUCUUCAGGUAAUUCAAGCUGUUGAUGUAGACAAAGAUGAUACUUCUGAUUCCAGUGCACGAGGGGAGGCGAGGAUUCUAUCUUCUUCAGCUUCCUUUAGGAAACGAAGUGUUCAUUUGCCUUCCCUUGGCUCCUCGGCUGAUCUUGAGGCCAUUGAUGUUGAUAAUGAGAGCAGCAGGCAUCAUGUUCAAGGCGAAAGUGCCUUCCAAUUCUUACCCAGGCCUACACAUGAAAUAACAAUUUCCACGGUUGACAAACCAAAACUUCUCAAUUUGUUGACUUCUUUGCUUGGGGAUGUUGGCCUGGACAUUCAAGAAGCACAUGCAUUUUCAACAAAUGAUGGUUACUCGUUAGAUGUCUUUGUUGUUAAUGGAUGGCCUCAUGGGGAAAUCGAGAAACUUACAGAGUCCUUGCAGAAGCAAAUUUUGAAGAUUGGGAAGCAAGCAUGGUUGAAAGCUCAUACAUGGUCUCCUGCGAUGGAAAUUGCACAAUCUAGUGAAGGCACCUUUAAUCAUGCUGAAGUACCAGCACAUGGAACUGACGAAUGGGAAAUUGAUUCACGACUUCUGAAAUUUGGUGAUAAAGUUGCAUCAGGAUCAUUUGGUGAUCUAUAUCGGGGAACAUACUGUAGCCAGGACGUGGCCAUUAAAGUAUUAAAUCCUGAGCGUGUAGAUGUUGAUUUGCAGCAAGAAUUUGCUCAUGAAGUUUUUAUUAUGCGGAAGAUUCGUCACAAAAAUGUUGUGCAGUUUCUUGGUGCUUGUACAAAGCCUCCUAGCUUAUGCAUUGUUACAGAGUUCAUGUCAGGAGGAAGUGUGUAUGACUCUCUUCAUAAACAUAAAGGAACCUUCAAUCUUCCAGUUUUAAUUCGAGUUGCUACUGAUGUAUCAAAAGGAAUGAACUACUUGCAUCAAAAUAACAUAAUCCAUCGAGAUCUGAAGUCCUCCAAUCUUCUGAUUGAUGAAAACAAGGUUGUUAAGGUUGCAGAUUUUGGUGUUGCACGUGUUAAAGCUCAGGGUGAAGGAGUUAUGACUGCAGAAACUGGAACAUAUAGGUGGAUGGCACCUGAGGUCAUUGCACACUGGCCAUACAAUCAUAAGGCUGAUGUUUUUAGCUUUGGAGUUGUUCUUUGGGAACUGCUUACAUCUAAGCUACCAUAUAGUAACCUAACACCACUCCAAGCAGCAUUAGGUGUGGUUCUAAAGGGCUUAAGACCUCCGAUUCCAGAGAAUACUCAUCCAAGGCUUGCUGAGCUGAUUGAAAAAUGCUGGCAACAGGAUCCAGCUCGAAGACCUGAUUUUUCAAGUAUCCUUGAGAUACUGCAACGUAUAGCCAACGAGGUUGGUUGUGUUACUGAGGAUCGUCGGAAAAAGCCAUCGGGCAGUAUCUUCUCAGUUUUCAGGUGAGGCCACUGAAUUAAGUAUGCUACUUGUGGCUUAAUAUGUGCACAUAUCAUUGGCAUCAUUGUGAGCAAUUUCCAGUUCUUUGUGGAAGCACCUUAAAGUUGUACAGAGUUCGUUUAUGACCUUCCAGUUUUUGAGAUGUAACUCCCUUAUUGUCUUCUCUCUCUCUCCAUUUAAUCCAUCAUUCCCGGAAGUCAUUUACAUGUUUUCAUCAAAACAUGGAAUGAAAUGUAGAUCUACAAUGGCUAAUGCUAAGGUGUGUGGGAUGCUUGUCAUUCUGUGAACAACAGUCUCUGCUGUUGAAUUGUUUGUGCUUGU